GAUUUCUCUGUAGCUGAGGCGGGAGGCGGGAGGCGGGAGGGAGUUGAGACCCCGGGGCGGGGGCAGGAUUCUGCUUCGCCGCACUGCGGCUGCGGGGCUGUGGUUUUUUCUCUCCUGGGAGUAACGAGCACGACGGCCCCUCACCCCUGAAUUAGCCUUCUAUUUCUAUUUGCGACUUAGAAGCUUCCCGGCGCCUCAUCUGUGCUCACCUGAGCUGAGGAUCAGGAAUGGGAGGGGGCACAGUCAUUGCCUCGCGGGCGCGGCGGGACCCCCGCGGACGGCUUUGUGCGGACUUUCGGCACCGUUAUCCCCCCGCCGCCAGCCCUACACCACCUGGGGCCGGCGCGCCGCGUUACUGUUCGGGGCCCGGCCCACUGCCCUGCCUGCUCCGGGGACCCGGACCGCCGAUCCCGGGGAUGGGGGACUCCGAGACUCAGACCCCACAGGGGAGACCCCCAGACCUCAGACCCCACGCGAGGACCCCGAUGCUUCAGACCCCCACAGGCUGACCCCGAGAUCUCAGACCCCCGCAGGAGGAUCUCGAGAGCUCAGGUCCCCAGUGGGGGAGUGAAUGAGACUUCGGAUCCCUGAGAUAGCAAAUCCCUGUGGGGCAUCCCAGGACUCACCUCACCUCGGGGUGACCCCAGACCUCACCCCAGGCGGCCGAUCGGCCGGGCACUACCCACUAUCCCGCCGACCCCCCUGGAGCUCAAAGGCUUGGCGCUCCAGCUGCUCUGCCCCGCCUGCUCCCAGGCUCAAAACUCCCGCGCACGGAUCCCUGCCCCGGAAGCAACCAGGUUCACGGGAGGUUACCUGGCUAGUCCAAGGUGAUACAGCUGGUAACUGUCGAAGAUGUUGGUAUUGAAACUCAUGUACUUUUAGUUCUAUUGAAUCUAGAGGUAGAAUAUAUGUACAAGAAUAUCAACUACCAUCUACUCAGGUCCCUGUUUCAUCUGUUUAUUCAUUCACUCAGCUGUUAAUAGGAUCCAGUGAGCCCUCUGUGGUUCUGAAGAAUUGCCUUGAGUAUAUGCAGCCUCGAAAAACCCACUUCCUAGGCUCAGUCUUUGAUCAAUAUUUAUCGUUAUCACAAGUUAUUGCUCUAAUAAGCUCUACUCUGGAGACAUGGUGUUAUGGUUUACUUGGGAGUGUGAGUUCUGGUCAUCAUUGAAGACUCACGUACUUUUACUGAGAAAGUGACAUUGAUCUCUGUAGAUUUAGAAUUAAAUAAUAUGAUGAAAUAUAUAAACCCAUUACUUUUAGUCAAGGUGGUAAAAAAAGUUUAGUGUUUGAUAGAUUUUUCAGCUCCACUAUCACAAAUAUUUUCUCCUAGGAUUUCUUCUAGAAAUAUUACUGUUUUGAGUUGUGUAUUAGGUCUAGGAUCUACUUUUUUUUUUCAGGCAGAGUCUCACUCUGUUGCCCAGGCUGGAAUGUAGUGGUGUGAUCACAGCUCACUGCAGCCUCAACCUCCUGGGCUCAAAGGAUAAGAUCUACUUUUAAUUAAUUUUUGUAUACGGUAUGGGAUAGCGACCAAAGUUCAUUUUUUUGCAUGUAUACAUAUCCAAAUGUUCCAGCAUCAUUUGUUAAAAAGUUAUUUUUGUCUC